UGAAGGUGGAGGGAAGUAGAGUCAGAUGUCAGCAGAACAGCAGUAGCAGCUGGAAGCCUGAACCAGAGAGGGGCAUUGCGGCGAAACUGAAAUUUCAAGACAGUAUCAGCGGGAUUUAAAAGUCAUACAUUUAGUGGCACAGAACGCACCCACUCGCAUCUGAUUUUCAAAACAAAAAUACCGUGAGUGUUUCUGGAUGUUUCUGCCCACCGCUAAGAAAACUGGAGCCUGAUAGUAACGAAUAAAUUGACCAUCGGCAAUGGAGUGCCCUCAUAUUCACGUUGCAGAUGUGAAUCUUGUGUAAAAAACAACUGGAUUAAAUAAUGCAAGUACAGAAGCACCAUCAGUGAAACGUGUUGGGCUCCGAUUCUGCUUCAGCGGUGAGUCAUAGGGGCCAAGGGAUUUAACAGCAGAAGUUUUUGAAGUUCGCUUGCCAGAAAAUAGGAAACAAAUUGGCUUCUGGAUCAUUUCUUACAGUCGUUCGUAGCAUCGUCGCCUUCUGUUGUUGUUGCACAAAGCUGCGUUUAAAAAAAAAGAGGACAACAUUGAAGGUGGGGCGAUAUUUGCUUGUUGGACUCCCCAGGCGUUAUGAAAAUAAUUUGACUCCAUCAGAUAAACCGGUACUUGAUGGGCUAUUCCAGCGAUGCUAACAAAUUGUUGACACUUCCCGGUUCUGGAGGAUAAACUCACGGGGACACCAUGACAAGAUUGCUUUAGUUUUCGGUGAGGCCGGACCUACAGUUGAUGGGGAUUUUUGCGCAUUUUAAAUGAUAACUGGCUCACUGCGUUCAACAAGAAUUUGAACACCAUUUGCAGAUUUGAGAAAAGAACCGUCUUUUCACAAUGGCAUCGGAAGUGGUGUGUGGGUUGAUCUUCAGACUGCUUCUUCCCAUCUGUUUAGUUGCUGCAUGUUUGUUUCGAUACAAUGGGCUAUCGUUUGUGUACCUCAUUUUUCUCCUCCUUAUUCCACUUUUUUCUGAACCCACAAAAAAGACAAUGCAAGGACAUACAGGCCGCUUACUGAAAACCCUGUGUUUUACAAGCCUCACAUUUCUCCUACUGCAUGCGUUGUUUCAAAUUACAAUUUACAGCCUCCAAGCUAAUGAAAAAAUCAAACCAGACUUCAAUUGCACAGAUUGGGAAAAGAGCUUCCGACAGAUAGGAUUUGAAAGUGUGAAUGGGGCAGAUGCUGGAAAUAUUAUUAGACUUUUUGCUCCAGAUGUUGGGAUGUUUGUUGCUGGCUUGGCUACAUGGCUUGUCUGUAAAAGUUUAGUUCAACAGCCACCAUCAAUGGAUAUGGCACAGUAUAAUCCAGAGUUCCAAAAUGAAGAGCAGGUUGAAGAAAAACUUGAACUGGCAGACACUUUCAUUUAUGAGGAAGAUUUUGAGGUAGCAGAUGUAGGUGAAGAAUUGGAAGAAGAGGGAACCAAACAAAAUAUUCUUCGCAGAAUUGCAACAUACGCAUCAAAACUAAAAGAAUUUAUUGGAAAUAUUAUAGCUACCACUGGAAAAGUAGUUGUUACUAUUUUACUUGGCUUAACAGGCAUUACACUACCAUCUUUGAGCUCAGGAGUAUACUUCUUCGUAUUUUUGGGAUUGUGUACUUGGUGGUCCUGCGGUAAACAGUUUGAUCCGCUGAUAUUCAGCUGUUUGUGUGUAUUAAUGGCCAUAUUCAGCGCAGGACACUUGAUUGGACUGUAUCUUUACCAGUUGCAGUUCCUGCAGGAACUCAUUCCACCUGGUGACUUCUAUGCAAGGUUGUUUGGUGUAUCACCAGUUAUUCAAACAAAUUGCACGACUACCUGGAAGAUCAUAGCCAAUCCCAAUAUGUCUUGGCCCCAACAUGUCAAUCCUAUCAUGCUGUUAUUAUUGUACUACACUUUGGCUACACUCAUACGUCUCUGGCUUCAAGAGCCAAUUAUAAGGAAUACGGAAGAAGAAAGUUACAACAGAGAAGAAGAAGAGCAAAAAGAGCCAUUUGAAAGUGAUUCAUCUGUUAGUGCCAAUAUGCGACGUAAUAUGUGGUAUUCAGCACACUACGCAACUGAUGAGAGAAGGCUCCUUACAAUUACCCAGGAUGAUACCAACUCUUCUGAUGCUUUGCUUGUAACAGUAAAUGGAAACCCUGUAGACUAUCAUAAUAUGCAUUCUGCAUUUCAAGCUGAGAAUGGUCCAACCACACUAGAGAUGUACUCCACACCACAAUAUAAAUGGGAGAUGGUUGACGAAUCCCCAGACAAAACUGAAGAUGACAGAGUCCCUGAAGAGACAGUGAAUAGCAGGCUCAACAGCCUCAUCACCAUUUUCCGUUUCAUUAUGAAGCAGAGCUAUAUAUGUGCACUCAUUGCCAUGAUGGCUUGGAGUAUUACCUAUCAUAGCUGGCUCACCUUUGUCUUAUUGAUCUGGUCCUGCAUUCUUUGGAUGGUACGAAAUCGGCGGCGAUAUGCCAUGCUCACAUCUCCGUUCAUGGUCUUCUAUGGAAAUGUUCUCUUAACCCUGCAAUAUAUCUGGAGUCUUGACCUUACAGAAGAAGAACUUCCUCAGUUAUCAGGAGUCCUACAAAAGAUGAAGACAACUCCAUGUGUCGAACUAAGUUCAAAGAUUCUGUGUGCACUGACAUUCUGGCUGCUGCUCCGCCAAUAUAUUACAGAGCGCCGAGAAGCAAAGAAACUCAAGGAAUCUGCCUUAUCAGAAGUUAAAGUAGAGGAAUUAGAUGAUGGCCAACAAGGAAAGGAGAUAAUGAAAGUCUUCGGAACCCUGGUGAUGGGAAUGUUUGUCAAGUAUUGGAUUUACGUUUGUGGAGGAAUGUUUUUCUUCGUCAGUUUUGAGGGGAAGAUUGUCAUGUACAAGAUUAUAUACAUGAUGUUGUUUCUGUUCUGCGUUGCUCUAUAUCAGGUGCAUUAUGAUUGGUGGCGGCGGAUUCUGAAAUAUUUUUGGAUUAUUGUUGUUUCCUAUACUAUGCUGGUCUUGAUCCUCGUGUACACCUAUCAAUUUAAGUCAUUCCCAGAUCUAUGGCAAAAUAUGACAGGAAUGGAUAUUGAAAAGUUGAAGGAUCUUGGAUUAGAACAAUUCUCCGUUGCAGAUCUAUUUACCAGCAUUUUUAUCCCAACAUCUUUCUUGCUGGUCUGUAUACUACAUCUUCAUUAUUUCCAUGAUCGUUUUCUUGAGCUCACUGAUCUAAAAGCAGUUACCAGCAAACAGGAAAGCAGCAUAUACAGCCAUGCCAAAGUUAAUGGGCGCGUUUAUCUGUUAGUAAAUAGGUUAGUAAAUCCAGAUGGAAGUCUCCCAGACAUCGGUAUGAUGAAUCUUAAUACCAGUGCUCAAAAAGAGGAAAGAGUGGAUGCUAAACAGCCAAAUGAGGGUGACGAAGAUGAUGAAGAUGAUGAAGAAGAAGACGAUGAAGACUGUACAGAGGAAAGAAAUAAUAAAUGGCACCUUGUAAUUGAUCGACUAACAGUGUUGUUUCUGAAAUUUAUGGAGACUUUCCACAAACUGCAAGUUAUGGCUUGGUGGAUCUUAGAGCUACACAUAAUCAAAAUUGUAUCCUUUUACAUCAUUUGGAUUACAUUGAAAGAGGUCUCCUUAUUGAAUUACGUUUUCUUAAUUUCAUGGGCCUUUGCUUUGCCUUUUGUCAAGCUACGUCCACUGGCAUCAAGUGUCUGCACAGUCAUGACGUGUAUCAUCAUUGUGUGUAAAAUGUUGUACCAACUAUCUUCUGUUCAGCCUUCCAACCACUCUUCUAACUGUACAAUUCCACAACUCAAUGAAACAAAUGUAGAGAGCAUUGAGAAAUUGAAGAAAUCAGUGCUUUAUGCCAGCCCAGUUGAUCCAGCAAAUUGGAUUGGACUAAGAAAGUCCUCUCCCCUUCUGGUAUAUCUAAAGAACAACCUGCUGAUUCUUGCUGUUUUAGCAUUUGAAGUGACAAUCUACCGUCAUCAAGAGUACUUUAGGCUCCGCAAUAACCUUCCACAUCCAGUAACAAAAACGAUCUUUCAUGACAUCACAAGGCAACACUUGGAUAAUGGUCUGGUGAACUGUGCCAAGUAUUUCAUAAAUUACUUCUUCUACAAGUUUGGGCUAGAGAUAUGUUUUUUAAUGACUGUCAAUGUGAUUGGCCAACGGAUGGAUGUGUAUGCCAUGCUUCAUGCUUUUUGGUUAUUUGCAUUACUCUACCGACGCCGCAGAAAAGCCAUUGCAGAAAUAUGGCCUAAAUACUGUUGCUUCCUAGCAUGCAUCUUGACCUUUCAGUACCUACUUUGUAUUGGCAUCCCACCUGCUGCCUGUAAAGAGUAUCCAUGGAGAUAUGCCAGUGCCAAAAUCAACUCAAACUUUAUUAAGUGGUUGUACUUUCCAGACUUCAUCACAAAUCCAAAUCCGAUGUUUCUCAUUUAUGACUUCAUGAUGUUGCUCUGUGCAUCACUGCAGUGGCAGGUGUUUGAAGAUGAAAACAGAGCUGCAGUAAGGAUAGUUGCUGGGGACAAUGUAGAAAUUUGCAGAGAUUUGGACGCAGCCACAUUCAGUCAACAUAAUCCAGUGCCGGACUUCAUUCAUUGCAGAUCCUACCUGGAUAUGAUAAAAGUAAUUGGAUUCAGUUACCUAUUUUGGUUCGUGCUCACAAUCAUCUUUAUCACAGGAACAACACGAAUCAGCAUCUUCUGCAUGGGUUACCUUGUCGCCUGUUUUUAUUUCCUGCUGUUUGGUGGAGAGCUAUUACUAAAACCUAUUAAAAUAAUCCUCCAAUAUUGGGACUGUCUUAUUGCCUACAAUGUUUUUGUGAUCACAAUGAAGAAUAUUCUCUCUAUAGGAGCCUGUGCCUACAUCAAUUCUUUAAUUUUGAAAAGCUGUUGGUUAAUCCAAACAUUUGGUCUUGUUUGUACAGUUAAGGGCUAUGACCAGCCCCCUGCUGAGAACCUUAAGAAAUGUCCAUUGCCUAAGGAUGAAGCAGGCAUAAUAUGGGACAGUAUAUGUUUUUCUUUUCUGUUGCUGCAAAGGAGAGUUUUCAUGAGUUAUUACUUCUUGCAUGUAGUAGCAGACAUAAAAUCUGCUCAAAUUCUCGCGUCAAGAGGUGCAGAGCUGUUUCAAGCUACUAUAGUAAAAGCUGUGAAGGCUAGGCUUGAAGAGGAAAAGAAGUCAAUGGAUCAGCUCAAAAGACAGAUGGAUCGCAUCAAAACAAGACAACAGAAAUAUAAAAAAGGCAAAGAGAGAAUGCUCAGUUUGACUCAGUCAGCAGAUGUGCAGGGUCCUCAGAUGAAGCAAGAAGAUGAUGAUGAUGACGAUGAAGGAGAACCAGAGAAAGACAAAGCCAAGGGCAAAAAAAAGCAGUGGUGGCGGCCCUGGGUUGACCAUGCUUCUAUGGUACGAAGUGGAGAUUACUAUCUCUUUGAGACAGACAGUGAGGAGGAAAAUGAAGAAGAAGUAAAAGAAGAUGAAGAAGAACAACCCAAAAAGUCAGGUUUUCAGAGAGCAGUUCGGAAAUUUGCUUCAGCCAUUAUAGCCUUGCCAAAGUCUAUCCUAAAACUUCCAAAAACCAUACUUCAGUUGAUAGUCAGAGCUAUAAAGUUUAUUUAUCAUACCUGGAUGAAAGAUUCAAAAUCGGUAUUAAAAGGAAAGGAGAAAAAUAAACGGAAAGGAUGGGAAAACAGUAAAAAAGAAACAGGAGGUCACAUUGCAAUUGAAUGUGAAGAGACAGAAGAACUACCAACACCAGAAGAAGUGCAUAAACACUCUAAUGCACCAGAUAAUGUGUUCAAGCGGGUGUUUAAUCUUCUGAAGUUCACAUGGGUUCUGUUCUUGGCUCUGGUGGACAGUUUUACAAAAUGGCUGAAUUCAAUCUCAAAGGAAUGCAUUGAUAUAUCCACUGUUCUGAGGAUAGAGAGAUGUAUGCUUACAAGAGAAGUAAAGAAGGGAAAUGUUCCAUGUCGUGACAGUAUCCAUAAUUAUUACAAGCACCAGAUGAAGAUGCACAGUUCACGUGAGUCAGGACUGGAUAGAAAUGAUGAUGGUGCCAGAUGUGCUGCUUUAACUAUCCAUGAAGGAAACCAGGAAGUCGGUGCUGAGAGAAUGGACAGCACGGAUUCUAUAGUUUCUCGUGAUAGUCUGUCCAGCUGCUACACUGAAGCUACCAUGCUGUACUCACGGCAGUCAACUCUAGAUGAUAUAGAUGAUAUUCCUAAAACAAGUGAGCGUGCUCGACCUAGGCUUCGUAAAAUGUACAGCGUUGAUAUGUCAUCCUCAUCGGUUGAAAGUUGCAGUAUAGUGUCAAGUGAACCAACACAAUGCACAAUGCUGUAUUCGCGCCAAGGUACCACAGAUACAAUUGAAGAAGUGGAAGAUGAGCAGGAUGAAGAAAUGACAAUUCCUGUAUGCACAUCAGAUAUCAUGACUGAGGAAGUUCCACCUUCGUAUAGCAAAGCUGUUAGUCUUGAUCGCCUAUCCUUUAGUUCUGAUUCAGCUGGUGAAAAACACCUUAUGGCACUUACCCCAGACAGCAGGAUGGAUUUACUAGAAGAUACAAUCUUUCCAAAUUUAAGCCAUGAACUAACAGCCAGUGAACUGCUUCUUAACAAAAUGUUUUAUGAUGAAGAGUUAGAAGAGUCAGAAAAAUUCUACAAAGCCCAGCCUCGAGCACUACUCCUGUUCUUCGCUCUAUAUAAUACCUUAGUAGCUCGUUCGGAAAUGUUAUGUUUCUUUGUCAUUAUACUAAAUCACAUGGUUUCUGCUUCAAUGAUUACGCUGGUACUUCCUAUUCUCAUCUUCCUCUGGGCUAUGUUAUCUGUACCCAGGCCAAGCAAACGUUUCUGGAUGACAGCCAUUGUAUACACUGAGGUAACAAUUGUGAUCAAGUACUUUUUCCAAUUUGGAUUUUUUCCAUGGAAUGAAAAUUUGAGUAUAACUCGAGAUAAACCUGAUUUUCCCCCAAAUGUAAUUGGCAUUGAGAAGAAGGAAGGCUAUGUACAUUAUGACCUUAUACAGCUGCUUGCACUGUUCUUUCACCGAUCCAUUUUAAAGUGUCAUGGUUUGUGGGAUGAGGAUGAAAAGAAUGAAAAUGCCUCAGCUAAAGAUGACAUGGAAGAAGAUCAUCUGAAUGAGUCUCAGAGAAAGAACUCCAUAGGUUCUUUAAAAUCAAUUAAUUUGCAAGCAUCAAUGGAUUCCAUACAUGUUCACUUUCCAGAACAGACAACAGCCAGAAGACCAAGUUCAACAGGUUCACAGAUCUCAAAUCGAUCGUCACACAGAUCACAAAGAGGUAGUAUAAGCACCCGAAACAGUAGUAGCCGGAAAGGAAGUGGGUCUCUCAGUGUUCAGCCAAAGAAUAAAAAGGAGCUUUUAUUCGAAAAAGUAAGAGAACAAAUGAUCAAGGCAAAAACCAUUGUCAUUGCAAAAACACUUCAAAUAUAUAUUCCAAUCAAACAUUUCUUCUACAACAUUAUCCAUCCGGAGUAUAGUGCUGUAACAGAUGUCUACGUGUUGAUGUUCUUGGCUGAUGUUGUAGACUUCAUUGUUAUUGUCUUUGGUUUUGGGGCAUUUGGGAAACAUUCAGCAGCCGCCGACAUCACAUCUUCUUUGUCAGAGGAUCAAGUGCCAGAGGCAUUUCUGGUGAUGUUAAUAAUUCAGUUUGGCACAAUGGUAGUGGAUCGAGCACUCUAUCUCAGAAAGACAGUCUUAGGAAAAGUUAUCUUUCAAGUCAUCCUUGUUUUUGGAAUUCAUUUCUGGAUGUUUUUUAUAUUACCAAGAGUGACAGAAAGGAGGUUUAACCAGAACAAAGUUGCACAGGUUUGGUACUUUGUUAAAUGUGUUUACUUUGGAUUGUCAGCAUAUCAAAUACGUUGUGGUUACCCAACACGUGUGCUUGGUAACUUUCUGACAAAAAGCUACAACUAUAUAAACUUGUUCCUCUUCCAAGGAUUUCGACUAGUUCCGUUUCUGACUGAGCUCAGAGCAGUCAUGGACUGGGUCUGGACAGAUACAACUCUUAGCCUCUCCAGUUGGAUCUGUAUAGAAGACAUUUAUGCUCAUAUUUUCAUUCUAAAGUGCUGGCGUGAAUCUGAAAAGCGAUAUCCCCAGCCACGUGGGCAGAAGAAAAAGAAGGUUGUAAAGUAUGGCAUGGGUGGCCUUAUCGUCUUCUUGCUAAUAUGCAUUGUGUGGUUCCCACUUCUCUUCAUGUCCUUGAUCAAAUCUGUUGCUGGUGUGACAAAUAAACCUUUGGAUGUAUCCAUUUCAAUAACAAUUGGAGGUUAUCAGCCUAUUUUUACAAUGAGUGCCCAGCAGAAGCAGCUACAAGAUUUUGAUCAAAGUCAGCACAACAAACUUUUAAACAAUUUUAAAGAUAAUCCUGCUGCCAUGCAGUUCCUGGAUGCUUACAUGAAAGAAGACAUUCUAAUUGCACAACUUGAAGGAAACUCAAAUUCUCUUUGGACCAUCAGUCCACCAAGUCGGAAGAAGAUGAUAGAAGAAUUAAAGGAUAAUGUUUCAAAAGUCUUCAUUGUAGUUUCUUGGUCUGUUCAAAGGAAUAUCAGUCUUGGUGGAAAAUCAGAAAUUGCUUCAGAUAAAAUUUCAUUAGAAAUUCAACCUGAAGCCAAAAUAGCUCUUGCUGCAGCAGUGGAAGGAAAGAACAACUCUGUAAAAAUUGAGAAUAUAUUUCCAAACUACAUUAGGGCUCCCAGUGAUUCUGAAUCAAAACCUGUGAAACAACUUUAUGAAAAUGAUGCUGACUACUGUGAACUAAUUGUAAAACUGGUUCAGCAAGGAAACUGCUCUUCAGACCACUGUCAGGAAUGGUGGACUGUUAAUCAGUCUGAAAGAUUCUACAGAAAUGAUGAUAAAGAAAGCCUUGAAAUUAUUGUAUUCAGUGAUAAAGUUAGCCCACCUAGCCUUGGAUUUCUUGCUGGUUAUGGCAUCAUGGGUCUGUAUGCAUCAGUUGUGCUGGUUAUUGGGAAGUUUGUACGUGAGUUUUUCAGUGGGAUCUCUCAUGACAUCAUGUUCGAAGAGCUGCCAAAUGUGGAUCGAAUUUUGAAAUUAUGUACAGAUAUCUUCCUGGUUCGAGAGACUGGAGAACUGGAAUUAGAGGAGGAUCUGUAUGCCAAGCUUAUCUUCUUAUAUAGAUCACCAGAAACUAUGAUCAAAUGGACACGAGAAAAGACAAAAUGAAAGCUUCUGCUGAUGUGGAUAGGGGUAUUUUUCUGAAAAUAAAACAAAAGCACAAUAUCAUUGAAAAGCUAAGCUAUUCACAACAGGGUGACAGCAGCUUUUCCUUAUGGAGCCCAGGCAGUCGCACGUUCCUGAAGUCUUCUCUGCCUACAGUCUUCGCUGAUACUAAAGACUGGUGCCUGUCCUAACAUUCAGCACCAAUUGUGGAAACGAUUCUGUUGGGACUGAAUCUUUCUAUUUUUAAGUCAGGCAAAAUCAGGGCUUCCGAAAUGCUUACCAUCCUUGCAGGCAUCAUCUUUAUCAGUCCUUUAUAUUUCUCUAUGCGAUGCAAUGAUUUUGGACUAUGUAAUCUGCUGUCAUUAUCACCCAGGCACAGAGGAAUAGGACCUGGUGUGAUUCAAUGGUGACCAAAUAAUGGGGACUUCACUUGGGAAUAAGAAUUCUUGGAUAUCACAGGUCUCCAAUGGUGUAAGCCUAUAUUGACUGGCUUGAGCAAGGAAGAUAAUUUGACAAUCUGUUUUGAAUGCCUUAUUUUAUUUGUACAGUCAAAAGAAAAGUAUCAUCAUGUCAGUGAUCUUUCUCAGGAAAAAUGUUUAUUUACCAAAGGCUUUGUGUCUUCUGCAACUUCAUUCCCUUAUUAAAAACUUGCUCUUAAGCAAAUGCUUUUCCAAGAUGAAAAGCCCAGAUGAUACCGGUGAAAACUCUUAAAACUAAAGGUCAGCAAAAUAUUCAGAAUUAAUCGAACUUGCAAAGUCCAAAAUCUUCCGGUUGUCAUUUAUUUGUUUCAACUUCAUCAGUAGUCCCCGUAGUUUUAUCAGUUUCUUUUUGUGAAGGGCAGAAAGUUGAUGAUAACUGGAUUUUCAUUCCAAAUUUUGCUACCUCUCCGUAACACUUCACCUUUCAUCUAUGAGAUUUGUCAUUUGGGAAAUUGGACAAUUUAUAAUUGUUACUGCUUGUAUCACUCUUUAACUGAUGUUCAGAAAGUACAUACUAGUCUAGGGCUAUUCCUCUCCAAUUUGCUAUUUUAUCUUCUUGUUGGAAUCCAUGUAAUCUGUUCUACUGCCCAUGGUAGCAUGCAAAUUAUCAAGAACUUAUUGAGAGACUGUCAGAGAAACAAUCAUGACUCCCACGUUGUUGCAAGCAUAUACUAUGUCACUCUAGUUUUUGCGCAACUUGAAUUAGACAAAUAAAUUUUGUUCGUUAGCACUAAAUAGAAAAAGGCCCAGCUGAGAUCUAAACAAUUUAGAUCGAGCAAAGUCUAUGUAAACUUUAAAUACACAAAUGUUUGAUUUCCGUGCCUAAAUAUGCACAACAAUGAAGAGGAUGGUAGCAUGAUCAAGUUCCACAGAUAAUAGUUGCUGAUUUUAUAUUCUAAAUUAAUGUUUAAAGAAGAUAGUGUUGAGCGCAGUAUAUAGAAUGUGAAAUAACUGGAGUCAAAAUAAAAGGAUGUUAUGUAACCGUUCAAUAUUGCAUAAUAUUCUGACAAAGUAGAUAGCCUGCUAGAAAGUAUGGACUUCUGUAUUGCAGAUUUAUGAUAAAAUUUGAUUUUGAUUACAUAUUUCCACAUGCAAAUUACUACUGCUACAACUGUUGAAGCAUCCAUAAUCCUGUUAGAGGGGUACAGGGCAAAAUAUCGGCCUGAUGUAUUUUAAAGUUGAUUUUAUUGACUUACCAACGUGCAAAUAUGGUUAAAGAUACAAAAUGGGGAGCUAUUUCUAGGUCAUGGUAUUAUUGUUAGCAUAAAAUCAAAACACUAAAAAUCAAAUGAUUUGGAAAAACCUUUAUAAAAAAUUAAUCCACUACUGCAGCAAGGGUUUUCCACCAUAAUGUUUCAGUGUACAGAUGUAGAAUUAAUUUUCAACUUGUGUUUUGCAAAAUAUGAAUCUUUAAUUCUUAAGGCGAUCAUUGUUUCAUAUAUAUUGUUACUUAGAGAAGCCAGCUCAGUUCACAGCUAUUGACAUUUGUAUCAAUAAGAAAUUAUUAAUAAUACAAAGGAGGGAUUGUAACAUAGGUAGUUGAAACAUUAGUAGUUUCUCUAUUGAUUUAUCUAAUUCAGUAACUGAUCAACUAUUACACAAUCACAGGACAGUUCAAUUAUUACAGCUUUUGGAGCUCACUGUAUUGUGUUUUUCAAUUCUUUGACAUAUUUAAACAGCACUGGAGUCCGGGUUUAAUGGGGUUUGAAAAUAAGUGUUUGCUUCAAGAGGAUCUGGGCAAGAAAUUCAGUACCUCAGUAAUAAUGUGCAUGAGGAAAAGUGAUGAAAUAAUUAACCACAUGAUCUUGAAAAAAAUAAUUGAGUGGUCAGGUGGUGGGACACAGUUUCUAAAACUACUUUAUAGGGUUAAAACUGAAAAAACAUAGCUAUGUAAACUUGCAAAACUCUACAGUCUGCAAUAUUACAAUUAAUGUAACCCUUGAAGGCCAUUUUAUAAUUAUCUCUUUUAAAGAAAAAUUCAUGUGAGAGAAUUUUCAUAUGCAAAUGUUAAGAACUUUUCAUCUUUUGCAAGAAAUUCAUUGCAAUUCCUGCCACAUAGAAUGGGGCAGUGGGGAACAACUGUUUCUUCUCUUUUAAUUUUCUGUAACUACCUUGGCCAUGUUUAUUGAAACAAAAUAGCAAUUUUGAUCCUACUUAUUGACAAUCCAGUUGCACAUUCUCACCCUCUCCAACAUGUGCACUGUUUCAGAUGAUUUUAAGUGAAUAUUUCUGAAAAUGAAUGAUAGUAGUUUGUAAAGUUUUGUAUGACACAGGAGUUACGUGGUUCCUCAGUAGAUUUCAAUAUUACAACAUGCUAAGGUGUAUUUAUAUUUCACGUUCAUUCAUAAACUUCUGGAAUAUGAAAUUAGUUUAGAAAUUAUGCAAUAAGCUUUGCUUCUAGUUGGAUUAGUCUGGUUUCCCUGAGCAGGAUGCUGCCUCCCAGACCCAUGAUUGUGACCCUGCUGUCAACAGUUACCAGUGGAAAUAUGUCCCUGUUUUAUAUUUGUUUCUAAAACAUAUCACCAAAUG